AUGAGACUCACGCUCACUACUGCACUGAACGAUCAAUCACCGGCCAGUCUAUCAAAAAACAACUACCGGCUUCAUCUUGUAUCUUCUUCGCCCCAAGAAAGCUUUCUAGUUCUCCAAUUUCCCUUUAAGACGCUUCGGUAUCUCGACAUCUAUCCAAUUUUAGACCUUCUGGAAUUAGUUGCGUCACCCAACUAUCACAGGAAAAAGAGCUUCACAUACUUUUUACCAUGUACUGUGUUUCUGCACGAAGCCUCCUUUUCCCUAGUUCUCACCCGUCGUCACUCUCCUAUUCUCACAGAGCGAAUCAUAGCAUCCUUCGAAGACACAACGCCACUUCAAUCAUAUGGAGAUGACCGCCAUCUUCUCCAAUAUCCGAGCCAUCUAUACCUUUCUAUCUUUAUUAUUAACAUGAAAAUGCUUUUAGGAAAGAUCCUGAUAGCAAUAACUUACCAUCUCGAACGCUUGAAAAUCUGUCCCGCUCUAUUGAGCGUUGGCGAAUCUUCUCCCCCCUCCCUGUGCCUGACGGUACUUACAGUCGAAACAAUACUCAUCGCUGUUCACCGAACCGAGGGAGUCAACAUAGCCACAACCAGUAUGGCGCCCGUUCACUAUCCUGGAUCGUAUACACGGCUCCCCUACGAAUCUCUUUCGACCCCAAUGCCUGCACGGAUGAUGGUAGACGUGCUCCGUGAAGCACAUCCUGCGUACGAUAACUCGCCAGAAUCCACUGCUAUAAUAGUCGAGGCACAAUUACUCCAAAAGAUUGAUUACGAGAGCAAAAAGUUGGUACGCAUUGUAGACCGAAAACAUUUUGGACCAACACUGCCGGUUCAUGACUACUUCUCCUUUCUAGAUCCUACGCUCGAGUUGCAAAUUUCACGACUUUUGAUUCCAUGGUGUAUCUGUUGUCCUCCACGUCGUCUUGCCUGGCGUGAAACGGAGUUGAUCGAUAUACCAAACGCUCCUGAGCCCUGGCAUUGUGUUUUGUCGGCUUUUCGCGAUCUUUUUACAACGAUCCAAGUUGUACAGUCCAUCCCAACGGAGCAAAUGAGCGUCACGCAUUUUCGGAAUUCUUCAAACACGAAGAAAGACAAACAAACAUUAUUUCGCAUCGUGGGGAACUAUGUGGAAUAG